AUCCAAGAGCCAUACCCAUCUGGAUUCAAAAUGCCUCAAUUCGAGUCAUAUGAUGGCACCAAGGACCUUGAUGACCACUUGCAUGCAUUCUACUCUGUUAUGCAAGCUCAGAAUGCCUCAGAUGCCUUGAUCAACAUCAUUUGCAACGAAGUUCUCAAGUCGACAACUGAUAAGAAAGAUGACCUCCGAGCUUAUGCAGUUGAUUUUGAUGGUGUCAUCAUGCCACACAAUGAUCCACUUGUCACCUCAGUCAUUGUCAAUAACUGUGAAGUCCAACGUGUCCUUGUCGACACAAGAAAUGCUCUAGAUAUCAUGUAUUAUCACUGCUUUGAGAGCCUUGGCCUUGACCCUACUUUUCUACAGAAGUACGAUGGCCCCAUCUACGGAUUCAAUAAUCAGCUAGUCUCUGUGGAAGGAGUCUUGAAGCUCAAUUUCAAGUCGGACAUAUGUCACUCCCUUAGUUCAGUUUUUGGUAGAGUCUCUGUGGAAGGAGUCUUGAAGCUCAAUGUAGUGUUCAGUUCAGGUCGGACAUAUGUCACUCCCUUAGUUCGGUUUUUGGUAGUGAAGAUGGCGUCAUCUUUCAACAUCAUCAUCGAAAGACCAACUCUAACUGAAAUUCGUGCUAUUGUCUCACAGUCCCACCUCUGCAUGAAAUUCCUUACCCCCAUGGGAGUAGUGACUCUAAAAGGCAACCAAGAGGUAAUGGGUGUAGAGUUGCCGGAUAACAAACUUGAGGAUGAUGCUAGAGCCACCCCGGCGAAAGAGGUAGAAGAGGUGCAGCUUGACGAUAGUGACCCCACUAAGAAGACGGUAGACUACUGUAAAUGGGUUGCUAACCUUGUUUUAGUUAAGAAGUCGAAUGGCAAGUGGAGAAUGUGCAUUGAUUACACAAAUCUAAAUGAAGCUUACUCGAGGGACUGCCAUCCUUUGCCGAGCAUAGACAAGCUGGUGGAAGCUACAUCCGGAAAUGAAAGGCUUAGUCUUUUAGAUGCUUACUCGGGAUAUCAUCAAGUCCACAUGGCACCCGAGGACGAGGUGAAGACCUCUUUCUAUAUCGGCAGGAACUUGGAAGUCUAUGUUGAUGACAUAGUAGUUAAAAGCCUAAAGGCAGAGGAUCACCUAACCGACCUAGCAGAAACAUUUAACAAUCUAAGAAGACACAAGAUGAGGUUGAAUCUCGCCAAGUGUGUCUUUGAUGUUGAAUUUGGAAAAUUCUUGGGAUUCAUUGUCUUUGGGAGGGGGAUAGAGGUUAAUCCUAAGAAGAUCAAGGCAAUAGAAGAGAUGAAGCCACCAAGGUCAAUCAAAGAUCUGCAACGAUUAGUUGGGAGAGUAGGAGCUCUACACAGGCCGGAGUGCUCCGGCAGACUUAUUAAGUGGGCAGUGGAGUUAGGGGAAUUUCAUAUCACUUUCCAGCAGAGGUCGUCAAUCCAAGCUCAAGCCCUGGUAGACUUUGUUGUAGAAUGCACACCAAGUCACGACAGUGGCAAUUCUGAGGCUGAAUUAUGGACCCUUUAUGUUGACGGAUCAUCAAGCAAAAAAGGAUCAGGUGCCAGAGCAGUGUUAAUGGGGUCAGACAACUUCCGAAGUGAGCAUGCCCUGAAAUUCAAUUUCGAAGCAACAAAUAACAUGGCCGAGUAUGAAGCACUUCUCCUCGAACUUCGCUUGGCAGCAAAGCUUAAAGUUAGAUCCCUGCAGGCUUAUAGUGACUCACAGCUUAUAGUCAACCAAGUGAAUUCUACAUGUGAGGUCAUCGAUUCUACCUUAGCCAAAUACUUGGUUGUGGUUUCCAAGCUGAAAUGCCAAUUUGAGAGAUUCCAACUCACCAAAGUCCCGAGAACAGAGAAUGAACAUGUAGACUUUCUGUCGAAGUUAGCAUCUGAUAGCUCCAAAGGAGGGAGACAAAUCCUAUCAAGGCCUACUUCCGAGAUGGAACUGUCCCAAAUGACGAGCAAGACGAAACAAAGUUGUGGAGAAAAGCAUCUCGGUACGCCUUGCUUGAUGGAAUCUUGUACAAAAAGGUCAUACUCGCUCCCUCUUCUUCGUUGCUUAAUUCCUUACGAGGCCGAAUAUGACCUUCGUGAGAUGCAUGAAGGUAUACGUGGUAGCCAUAUUGGAGCUUGGACUUUAGCUCACAAGGUACUCCGGCAAGGAUACUAUUGGCCUAACAUGCAAGAAGAUGCCAAGAAAUAUGUUCAAAGAUGCCAGAAAUGCCAAUUCUUUGCACACCUAACUCAUAUGCCAGUAAAAGAACUCACCAACUUAGUUGCACUGUGGCCUUUCGCACAGUGAGGGAUUGACCUCCUAGGUCCUUUUAUCAAGGGUACAGGGGGAGUAACGCACCUAGUCGUAGCAGUUGAUUAAUUCAUAAAGUGGGUGGAAGCUU